UUUUCGAACCAGCACAUUCUCAUAGACUCUUUUUUGACAAUUUACCUUGACAAAAAGGACGUUAUUUCAUUCGCUUAAAAGAUAAACAAUUACACAUUCUCCCCUUUUCAGGUGCGUUACAAGUCAUCCCCUAAAUUGGCACAAUAUGUAGAAAUUUUUUUUUUUAGGGAGAAGGCUGUAAUCUGUGGCAAAUCGGCUACGCCCAACAUCAAGUCUCGCUCGUGGCCUGCCGGGAGUUGGAGGCUGGCCUUGUCAUCAGAUAAAAGAGUGAGUCUGGAUCCCAGCGGAGAAGAAUGAAUGAGUGGAUGCCCAUCGCCAAAGAGUAUGACCCUCUCAAGGCUGGGAGCAUCGAUGGUACUGAUGAAGAACCACAUGACCGGGCCAUCUGGAGGGCCAUGCUGGCUCGCUACGUCCCCAACAAAGGGGUGUCUGGAGACCCCCACCUCACCCUCUUUGUGGGCAGGCUGAACCUGCAGACCACGGAAGAAAAAUUGAAAGACGUCUUCAGCAGAUAUGGUGACAUCAGGAAGCUCCGGCUGGUUCGGGACGUGGUCACGGGCUUUUCAAAGCGCUAUGCUUUCAUCGAGUACAGAGAAGAGCGUUCCCUGUUAAAAGCUUACAGAGAUGCCAAUGGACUGGUUAUUGAUCAGCAUGAGAUCUUUGUCGACUAUGAGCUGGAAAGAAUCCUUAAAGGGUGGAUCCCUCGGAGACUUGGAGGAGGGUUUGGUGGAAAAAAGGAAUCGGGACAACUGAGAUUUGGUGGACGGGACCGGCCUUUUAGAAAACCCAUUAACUUGCCAGUUUUCAAAAGUGACUUCUAUGGAGAGGGCCAGAGGGAAAGGAGGGAGUGGUCCCGAGACAGAACCUGGGACUGGAGGUCCAGAGAGCGAGACCAUGACAGGGGCCGAGAGAAGAGGCGGCAAGAAAGGGAGACCAGCAGGGCCUGGGAUGAGAACGAGAGGGAAAGAGAGAGGGACUUCAGAGAGGAGAGGAGCCGAGGCCGAGACAGAAAAGACCGAGAGCGAAGAGACAGAAGCAAGGAGAGAGACUCAAAGAAGCAGAGAGAUGAUGAUAAACACAAGUAGAGACUUUUGAACUCUUGGCAUCUCCACGAAAUAGCUGUUCCCUUCCCCUGCACCUGCAUGGGCAGUCAGUGCCCGGGUGUGUUUCCUCUUCCUCCUUCCUAAAAGCCUCAGCCAUCCCCUCCUUUGUGAUGUCUUCUUUUACAUGUGCAGCUAAAAGCAGUCUCUCCAAUGCAACCAUGGAGUCUGAAUGCAGAUUGAAGCAGACUGUUUUCAUUUUUGUUGUUUGUUGUUCUUUCUUGUGGUUUUUUUCCCUUUUGUUCGGAUUCUUUCAUCACAACACAACUAACGCAGAAAUCUGUUUAAUGUGAUUGUACACAUAUAACCUAUAUCAGAUUGCUUUCUCUCUUGGGGAGGAGAGAGGGAAAGGAGGGAGGGAGAAAAAUCUGGAACUCAAAAUCGUAUAAAAUGAAUGUUGAAAACCAUCUUUAUAUGCUACUGGAAAAGUACAAUAAAAUCCUUUUUAAAAAUAAGUAAAGAAAAGUUGUCUUUCUCUCCUUAGAUUUUCCAGGACUCCCCUGAGCUCUCCUUUGCAGUUUUCCUAGUCUCACUUGUGGUGUCUUUAUGGGGGGACACACACCCCAUUCUAGUCCUUCAUCCCACCCAAGCCCAAACUUCUCUCAUCUCUGUACAGCCAAACCCUGCAGUCA